AGAACCUCACUCCAUCCACUGACGGCAUCCCAGCAAGUCACAACAGUCCAGUCCAGCGUAUUCUCUUCAAGAUCCGAGUUGCAAAAACGCAACACAACACCUCGACAAUAAUACAUAUAAAAAUAACCCAGCCCAAUAAUGUCAUCCCACGCGACCCUCUCAGCCGCCGCCGACGACCGCAAGGCCCGUCUAGCCAAGCUCAAGACCUUGAAGCGCAAAGAACCCGAGCCGGCCUCCUUCGACGACGAAGAGUCCCAUCAUGAUUCCCAAACCAACAACAACAACAACAACAACAACAACAAUAACGACAACCAGCAAGAACCCACAGCCGACUCCAACGACGGCGCCCCAACAACCGACGUAGCCCGCCUCCACCUCUCCGGGCGCAACUUCGACUUCGAAACGCGCGGCCCCAAACUCGGCUUCGAAGCGCCUCCCACGCUGACGCUCGAGAAGCCGACACUAGAAGAGCAAGCAGCCGACAUCGAGGAGGAAGCGCAGCGGCAGGCGGCUUUGGACGCGCAAGCAGCCCAAGAAAAUAAGGGCAUCGACCUGUUCAAGCUGCAGCCCAAGAAGCCCAACUGGGACCUGAAGCGGGAGCUGAACCAGAAGAUGGAGGUGCUGAACGUGCGGACGGACAAUGCGAUUGCGCGCAUGGUGAGGGAGCGGCUGGCGGCGAAGAAGAAGGCGGCCGUGGAGGAUAAGACGGUGGGCGGUAAAGAGGAGGAGGAGGAGGCCGGUAUGCUGGAGGGCACGGCGCUGGUGGAGGGGAUGAAGUUGAGGGAGAGGGAGGAAGCGGAGGAGGAGAGGAGGGAGAGGGAGUUGGAGGAGGCCGAGUUGGCGGCGUGAGGAGUUUGGAACUUGACGCAGGUUGAGAUUCAAAGUCAAAAUAAGAUGGGAAACCGAGAGGGCCGACAGGACGAAAAAGAACGAGGACGAAGACGAGGGCCAGGACGAGAUGUGCUCC